AUGUCUGUCGCGUCCUUGCAUCGUGAGACUGCCUUCCAGGCACGAUCUUUGUUUUCCAACUACAACUUCCGUGAAUACGCUCGUCGGAAGACAAGGGAUUCAUUCCGCGAGCACCAAAACACUACAGAGGAACGUCGGAUACAGGAACUGAUUCAGGAGGGACUGCAAAGCUUGCGCUUGCUGAAGAGACAAACGAUCAUCAGCCAGUUCUAUCAGUUGGACAAGUUGGUAGUGGAAGGCCAGAAGGCUGGAAAGGAAACCGGAAACCAGGGAGGCAUUGUUCGCCAGAAGGACACUGGUUGGGAUUGA